UAUAUAAGCGUAUUCAUAAAAACGUUUCAAUCAUUGCGUAUCGUGACUCGUGAUUUCUCUCCGGGGGAGAAUUUUCCAGUCGGCCCAGCUUCCCUUUGAUCGCGUUGUCCUAUCUGCUCACUUUUCUUCAAAAAUCGUGAUGGCGCGCUUCACUCUUCUAGUGACCGUGCUGGCGGCUCUGUGUUACACGAGCCAGGCCAUCCCGGUAUCGAUAAAAAAUGUGAAAAGUACGCAAUCUGAAUUGCCCAAUCAAAUCGAUGACAAGAUAUAUGAAACGCUUGACCAGAUUCCCAGCGAAAUGAGAGACAAAUUUAAGGAUUUCGCAGACAAUAUCACGAAACUUAUGGAAAAAUUCAAACAAGAGCUUCUGGAGAGGAAAACGAUCGCCGAGAGCAUUUUCAAUCAAAUUAAAGAGAAACUGUUACAAGAAAAGGAACUAAAUGUAACUGAAAUUUGCGAAAAACUCAAGGAAGCGAAACAAGAAAUUGAGACAGAUUAUCAGUAUGCGCUAGAUGAUAGAAUUCAGAAAAUUAAGGAUUUCUUUGAGAAGCUCCCUACUGAGGAAUUGAAGAGGAAAAUCGAUUCACUUAACGAAGGAAAAAUGAAAGAGAUCUUGGAAGAGAUAUUGGGUAAGAGGCAAAAUGGCGAUGGAACUUAUGGGGUCAGAAAUAUUUUACAGAACAAAGAAAUUUUGAACGCUAUUCAAGACAAACUAAAGGAAAAGUUGAAUGAUAUUAAGAGUAGUGCCGACAAAUCCAUGAAAAAAAUUCAACAAGAUAUGAACGAAUUUGCGAAGAAGGGUAAGGAAAUGGAUAAUGAUUUGAAGAGCAAACUGGACCAAGGCUUAAAAGAAAUACUAGAGGAUAUUAAUAAAAAAGGCAAAGAAUUAGGGGACAAUCUCGAUAAACUAAAAGAAGACGCAGAAAAGAAAGCCGGAAACGUAAAAGAUGCAGUUGGCAAAUGGUUGAAGGAUGUAGAUGACAAAUGGAAAAAUAGUAUGAAGGAAAUUACCGAUAAAUUGAAAAAGGUAAAAAACACGAUAAGUGAUGUUGCUGAGAACACGAAGAAAAAAAUCAGUCUAUUAAAGGAAAAGCUCGAGACCCUAUUGAGUAAAUUAAGGGAGAAUGUAAAUGAAUUUGUCGACAAAGUAAAGAACGUAUACGACAAAAUAAAGAACAAAAUCGAACAUCUGAAAAGGACAAUGGAAGAUAAUUUUGAGAAAGCGAAAAAAAACAUUAGUAUAUUAAAACAGACAUGGGAGAAUGAAGCUAAAAAAUUAAAGAAAGAAUUGGCUGACAAGCUCAACGAAAUAGAAAAUAAAGCUGAUAAAUUAAAAGACAAUGUAAAAAAGGAGACCGAGGAGACGAGGAAAAAACUCGAGAAACUGAAGAAAGAAAACUUGGAUAAUCUGAAAGUUAUAAUAAAAGUCUUUACUACAAAUAUAAAGGACGAAAUCAACAACUUGAAAAUUACAUUGGACAAGCUAGAAGACAUUGUUAAAAAAAGCAAAUUAGAAAACGUAACCGACCAACUGAAAGAGGAACUUGAGAAAAACAUAGGCGAAAUAAAAAAGGACUUGGAGAAGAUAGUCAACGAAUUGAAAGAGACGAUGGAAGAACUCGACAAAGAACUGAAAAAGGAAAUCUCUAAUUUAAAGAAGGAUGAUCAAACUUAUGAACUGAAGGAUAGAGCUGGUAAAUUAAAGGAAAAAUUAAACGAGAAAAACGACAAACUGAAGAAGAAAUUAAACGAGGAAAGCGACAAAUUGAAAGAGAAAUUAAACGAGAAAAACGACAAACUGAAGGAGAAAUUAAACGAGAAAAGCGACAAAUUGAAGGAGAAAUUAAACGAGAAAAACGACAAACUGAAGGAGAAAUUAAAUGAAAAAAAUGAUAAACUGGAGGAGAAAUUAAAUGAAAAAAAUGAUAAACUGGAGGAGAAAUUAAAUGAAAAAACUGACAAACUGAAGGAUAGAAUUGGUCAAAUACGCGAGGGAGCGGAGGACUUGUCUGGAAAGAUUAAAGGCGAUCUUAAAGAAGACAAAACAAAUGAUAUGAUUAGCGAGGCUACCGACAACAUUGAAGAGAAGAUUGCAGAGCCUCAACAGGCAGCCAUCCUACAUGCCUUACACGAUUUCUUAUGGACAACAUUAGAGGGGGUGGGGAUUAUAACACAUGGAGCGGUAAAACUACCUAAAGAUAUGCUGCUGGGACAAAAACAGACGACGAAAUAAUGACGAACGAGAUUAAGAAUAUGAAAAUGCCUCUCUCGGCGGCGGUAUCAGGCGCGGUUUGAAACACAACUAUGAUUACAUUCAAAAUGUGUGUUUGGCAGAUGUCACAAACUUCAGUUUCAGUGUCAAGAAUUUUCCGGAAUUUUAUUUCUUUACACUUAAUUUGACAUUUUAUAAAACGGAAAUUAUGCUCAAUCAAGCAAAAUCUGUAAUGUGUAUCAUAUCUUUAAUUCUUAGAGGUAAGUCUUUUAAAUUUAUUGUGUGGCAUCUCUAGUUUUCAUUUUAAGAUAUUCUCACCUACAAGAUUAUCUUUUUUUUUGAGCUCGUUUGUGUUACGUAACUUAUCACAAUUAUGUUGAAAUUUAUGAGAAAAAUAAAAGACAUGUGUGCUUUAAAACAUUUUGACAAAGUUGAUUUUACUCUACGCACUGCAAAAACUGUAAUGCAA